UCAAGACACCAAUUUAACAAAAAUAUUUUGAUUGAAAAAAAAAAAAGAACAAAAAAAGCAAUUCAUUGGAUAACUACAAUAAUAAUUGAAAUAAAAUAACAAACAAGAAGUUGUUGUUGCUGUCAUAAUAUGCCCUAACAUAUAACCAACAAAAAAAAAUGUUUAUUUGUAAAUCAAUAUCAUCAAUAGUACAAUCAUCAUCGAAAUGUCAUUUAAAAAUUCGUGGAUAUUCAUAUAUGCCACCUGAUUUAAAUAGAUUUAAAAAAGAUGUUGAAAAUGAUAAAGAAAAAGCUAAACGUGAGUUAAAAAAAUGGCGAAAAGAACCACCAAAAGAAUAUGAUCCAUUGGCAUCAAUGCUUGAUUUUUCUGAAUCAUUUGAUAAUCAACUUUAUGCAAAAACAAUGCCAACAAAACCAACUGAAUUUUCUAAAUGGUAUCGUGAUCAACAAACUGAAUAUGUCAAAUGGAGUCAACGUUAUAUUGCUGAAAGACAAGCAACACUUGGUAAAGAUUUAGCAAUAACACAUUAUAUUUGUCACAGAGGUGGUCGUAUCAGACGUAAAGGACUCACUAAAUUUAUUGAGCCUAAAGAUUUUGAUCAAUUACCAUCUACAUAUGAUCCAUUGUGGUUGGUUGAAGAAGUUGAUGCAAGUGGAAUUCCAUUAUACUAUGAUGCUUUGGAUAAUUUUAAAGAUCUAAAUAGACUUAAAAUUGUUUCAUUCAGUGGUAAUCCAAAUUUUGAUGACUGGUGUUUAGAAAGAAUACUUGCAAUUUGUCCAAAUAUUCAUCAUUUAGAUGUUUCUGAUUGUGAAAAAGUUACUGAACGAGGCUUAGAAGGUUUAUACAGAAAUUUAAAUUUAAAAAAUCUCAUUAUAACUGAUCAUAAACAUACAGCUUCAUUUGAAUUGACUGUGUUGCUUCUUGAAGAUUCAAGACCUGAUCUUAAUAUCACAGUCAAAAAACCAACAGUCGAUAAAGCUCAAGAAAAGCAAUAAUUAAUAAAACAUGUUAAAUUUAUUAGAAUAAAAUUUAUUAAUAAUUAAUA